UCUUAAAUGUAGGAGAAGAAAACACAAGCGCGAGCGGCUCGCGGAGGCGCGCAGACACCGAGCGGGCGGGUUGAGUCUAUAAGGUUCUCAUGUGUGGUUUAAGAGCGCAGCGCUGCUCGAGCGACACUCAUUGAACUCAGUGUUUGAAAGACUGUAACUCGGCUCAGAGAAAUGGCAGAAACCGCUCCAGCUGUUGCCGCUCCGCCGGCCAAAGCGCCCAAGAAGAAGUCCGCCGCCAAAGCCAAGAAAGCAGGUCCCGGUGUCGGUGAGCUGAUCGUCAAAGCCGUGUCCGCGUCCAAGGAGAGGAGCGGCGUGUCCCUCGCCGCCCUGAAGAAAGCUCUCGCCGCCGGCGGCUACGACGUGGAGAAGAACAACUCCCGCGUCAAGCUCGCCAUCAAGAGCCUGGUGACUAAAGGAGUCCUGCUGCAGGUCAAAGGAACAGGCGCCUCCGGCUCGUUCAAGAUCAGCAAGAAGCAAGCCGAGACCAAGAAGAAACCGGCCAAGAAGGCGGCUCCUAAAGCCAAGAAGCCCGCUGCUGCCAAGAAGCCCAAGAGCGCAGCGGCAAAGAAGCCCGCCGCUAAGAAAUCACCCAAGAAGGCCAAGAAACCCGCCGCCGCCGCUAAGAAGGCGACCAAAAGCCCCAAGAAGGCGACCAAGAGCCCGAAGAAGGCGAAGAAGCCAGCAGCGCCCAAGAAAGCAGCCAAGAGCCCCAAAAAGGCCAAGACUGCCAAACCCAAGACGGCAAAGCCUAAAGCUGCCAAGCCUAAGAAGGCAGCUCCCAAGAAGAAAUAAACAUCUUCUGUUUUCUUCCCCAACGGCUCUUUUCAGAGCCACCCACAAACU